AUGUUGUUAUUUCUUGGCUUGGUUUUAGAGGAAGAGUUUAUCAUUAACUCUAUUCGCAUGAAAGGUUUUAUGUUUAAUAUUGUGGAUGAUUUGCGCAUCUUGAAUUAUUUCAAAGUGCAACAUAGAGUGUGCAAGAAUUCCACGCCUGUUGAGAUCUCUUGGUCUCCUUCAGAACUUGGUGAAAUUAUGAUUUGUUGUGAUGGUGCUUCACUUGGCAAUCAAAGCCAAGCUGGUGCAAGUGUUAGCUUCAAAGAUUCUAACUCACGAGUACUUGGUGCCUUGUGUGUUGGCCUUGGCUGGCAAACCAAUUUUUAUGCUGAAGUUUGUGCUAUUAUCUAUGGCAUAAUCUUGGCAAAGAUAUUUAACGUCAAGAAGAUUUAUGUACACUCUGACUCAAUGAGCUGCAUUCAAGCUUUGCAAAAGGGUGAGUUACAUUGGCAGCUAACUCCGAAGUGGAAGAUGGCGUAUGCUUUUUAUAACAAUGUUCGUUAUGUUCAUAGUUAUAGGGAAGCUAAUUUUACAACAGAUGCCUUGGCCAAACAAGCAUAUUUAUUGGUUGAGGAUAGUUAUGAAUUUUAUGAGGGUAGGCGAAUGUUCAUUCUUGCUGUAGAAUGGCUUGGCGAGGUUUAUUAUCGUUUCAAAUAA